ACCACUAAUCAGGAAGUUAGUUCAAAGGGGGAGUAUCAUGGGAUGACAACGGUCCUGCUCUCAUCUUUUGUUUUUUUUUUGUUGUUUUUUUUUGAGACUUUAACAUGAUUCACACGGAGUUUAUUCUCUGUCUAAACCUGCUCUUGUUUCUUCGUGUUGUUGCUCAAUUCAGGAACAAUGUUCAGCAGCAGUGGCCCGUCCCCUACAGACGGUUCGAUCAUCGCCCCGCUGCAGAUUCUUACUGUGAAGCUCUCUACCCGUUCUGCCCCACGGGAGACCAGGAUGGACGAAUUCCAUACAUGAGAGACAGCGAUGUUAUCUCAGUGUAUCGACUGCAAACACCUGUGUGGGAAUUCAAGUACGGAGAUUUGCUUGGGAAAUUUCAUAUCAUGCAUGACGCUAUUGGGUUCAGCAGUUCAGAGACGGGGGCCAACUACACCAUGGAGUGGUAUGAGCUGUUUCAGCUGGGUAACUGCACCUUCCCUCACCUCAGACCAGAGAUGUACGCGCCUUUCUGGUGCAACCAGGGAGCAGCCUGCUUCUUUGAAGGCAUCGAUGACUUACACUGGUCACAAAAUGGCACCCUGGAGAAAAUAGGAGAAAUAACUGGGAACCAGUUCAAUGACAUGGCCCAGUGGGUCCAAGACGACAACGAGACUGGGAUCUAUUACGAGACAUGGACAGUUCGCUCUGACCCCGGCCCUAACGCCACGGUGUGGUUCGAGUCUUACGACUGCUCCCAGUUCGUCCACCGCACGUACAGGAAACUAGCAGAGCUCGGAGCCAAACUGUCCAGUCGAACGCAAACCAACUACACCAAGAUCUACCUGUACAGCGGUGAGCCCACGUACCUCGGCAACGACAGCGCCAUAUUCGGACAGCCUGCUCUGAAGAAUCUGGCAGUGGACAUCCGGAACUUUUACCACACAUUCAGACCGCACCAGUCAUUUACAGACUUUGCCAUCAGUCUGUUGGAGGCUUAUAAAAAGGUUGUGUUGGACAAGAGCUUCUACCUCUACUACAAUUUUGAGUACUGGCAUCUGCCAAUGAAACCUCCCUAUGUGCAGAUAACAUAUGAAGAGGUGCCUUUGCCUUAACAUCCCACCUGCACCACAGCUAUUUCCAUUCCUGAUUAAUCAGUCGAUUAAUUGAUCAUCCAAAUGACGAGCUUGUUAGCGGUGAUUUAAAAGUAGCAAAAGCAGCAAACCUUCACAUUUGAGAAGCUGAAACCAGUAAACUUUUGUAGUUUUUAAAUGAUUAAUUGAUUAAUCAUAAUCAGCUAAUUUCACCACCCGGUCCAGAUCGUAUCACAUGAUGAUCAUCCGCAGGAUUUGCUCAGUGAAAUGUGUCCUCCACAGGUUUCCUGUAAACAAUCAAAAGUGAUGUCAUCACCAAAAUGCAUUGAAUGUGUCCUCGAGGCCUAACUAACAUGUUUACUGCAUUUCCUUCCUCGUGAAACAUUUGCAAAGCUCAUGUUUUGAAUAUUUUGCGCUUUGUUUACAUUUGCGUUUGUUAAUCACCACAAGGUCCAGCCUUACUGUUAUGUAUAUAUGUGUGUACAGUAACUAUUGAUUUUCAUCUUUAUACCAAAUUUUUUACUCAUUCCCACUCUGAUGUAAUGCUGUGUUUAGAAAAGAAUAAAAUUACAGAUGCAAAGAG